AUGUCGUUCUCAGAGAAGAACCAACCGAUGUGGACAAGCUGGUUUGGUGGUUUUGCCGAACCGUCCGACUAUGCCACCGCCGAAAUGCCCAACAUCAAUGUGCAGGCGGUCAUUAUCUCGGCAAUUUUUGUCGUUCCAUAUCUGGCAUUCCUGGUAAUUCUUCCUGGAGUUCGAGAGAAGCGCAUAGUGACGCUGGCUGUUAUUACCAUAGUCACGCUGACGGGAGCAAUUCUGGCAGCCUCGCUAUGCCUGCCCGGAUGGACCGGAGGUUCUGCAAGGAUUCUCUCUCAACUUAGGUCUCACGUCAACGAAAGAAUGCGAGCGCGUGUGGGUGUUAACGUUGGCCUUACGAGCAUCAACAUCACUCUUCGAUUUGAAGAAAUGGUGCAACAGGAUGACGGAGGGUCCCGGAUAGACAUGAGUCGACUCUAUUACAACGAGAAUUUCGACAUCUCUGGAGUUUCGUCGAUGACCGAAGAGUUGCGAUCGGCGUACCUACGCGGACUACCGUACCCGAUUCUGAGCAUACUCGAGUACUUCUCCUUGAAUCAGGACGCCUUCGACUGGGGCAGACACUACCGAACGGCUGGUCAUUACACUUCUGCCGCUAUCAGGUGCUUAGCUUUU